AUGCGUGCCAUGCGUGUCUGGGAAGUGCUGGCAUUGCUCGCAUUUGCUGCACUCGUAUAUGCACAACAAACAACUACAAUGGUCAUUGGGGGCCAGACGGUCGUCGCCGACAUCUUCUCAACGCAAAAUGGGAAUGGACAAGCAGUUACAUCAACAUCCAUCAUACGAACACUUGCCAAUGAUCCAAUUGCUGGAGCACCCCCACCAACAGAUGUGACUCAAGGACCGAUAGUCUACUACGUUACGAAAUGGGACGAGGAUGGAAACACAAUAGUAGAGACAUAUACAUACACCCCUACGUUUGUUACCACCGGGCCCCCAGUAACCUAUCCUCGUGGGACCAUCGCCGAUUACUCCCAGUGGACAGCAAUCUACGCGACUAGGACGUCGUAUCCACACAAUGGUGCUUCAGGUCCCCCAUUAAAAGCCGGUUUAACGGCUUAUGCGGUGACUGCCUUCUUUGUCGUUGUCGGAAUGUUCAUUCUAUAA